AUGCUAAAACGUCUGCUGCGAUUGCAAGUAGCGAGAAAAGAAGAAGCUGAAGCCUCGGAGCACAAGGUGCGCAAAAUUGUUGCGAUGUCGAAGGGUGGAUCCAUCUCGCCGACAGAGGAAGCUCAAGUCUAUGUCAUCUGA